AUGGCACCUCACCCGUUCAGUAUCCUCAACAUAGAGGAGACACGCGUUGCGCGUGACACCGUCCUCUCCCUCCACAAAGACUGCGUUGUCGACUUUCGAGAGAUCUUCCUCCAAGAACCAGCAAAGGAGCUCAUGAAACAGUACCUUGAGCUCGAACAUGCAGCAAAGCCAGGACAGUCACCAGUUUCCAAGCGACCACCACGAUUGGCCAAGUGCCAAUACGACGUCAUCGGCUCAGACAAGAUACCAGAGUACCACGAGUCUGUCAUUGAUGUUGAGCAGAGGAAGAGAGUGCGACAUGAGAUUGUGGGGAAGGAGAAGCAGGCUGCUUUGACGUUAUGGGAGUUCCAACACCUUGUCAAAGCGUGUGAGGAGAGUGAUAUGUUCAAGGAAGCUAUGGCUGAGAUCAAGCUGCCUGAUGGGUUUGAGUUGGUCGUUGAGCCGUGGCCAUACGGUGGUCUCGACAUUGGUGCUGAGAACCGGAGAUACUUCCAAGGCCUAUGCUUUGCCCAGGACAUGAGGAACGGAAAUGCCGACUCAAACUUCUACGCCUACCCCUUACCACUAAUUCCUGUUAUGGAUGCACAAACAAGAAAGAUUAUCCGCGUUGAUCGUCUAGCCACUGGUGGCAAGGGCGAUAGUCUCACAGGCCAGACACACUCCGAGCGCGUUCUGGACCACUGCGAAGGUGCAGAAUAUGUUCCCGAACUACUGCAAGGCGGUCUUCGACAAGACGUCAAGCCCAUCAACAUCACACAGCCAGAGGGACCUUCCUUCAGCGUCACAGACGAGUCACUGGUUGAGUGGCAGAAGUGGAGCUUCAGGGUCUCGUUCAACCCCCGUGAAGGAGCCGUGCUGCACGACGUCAAGUACGAUGGCAGGAGUAUCAUGUACCGGAUGAGCAUCUCAGAGAUGUCGGUCCCGUAUGCUGAUGCUCGCCCACCAUUCCACCGCAAGCAAGCUUUCGACUUCGGUGACGGAGGCGCUGGCAACUGUGCCAACAACCUUUCCUUGGGCUGUGACUGCCUCGGUGUGAUCAAGUACUUCGACGCCGUCGUUGUUGGUAACGAUGGCGAACCUAAGGUUCAUCCCAACGUCGUCUGUCUUCACGAGCAAGACAACGGUAUUGGCUGGAAGCACACCAACUGGCGAACCGGCCGCGCAGUAGUCACCCGACUACGCGAACUCGUCGUCCAAUUCAUCAUCACCCUCGCAAACUACGAAUACGUCUUCGCCUACAAGCUCGACACCGCCGGCGGCAUAACCCUCGAAGUCCGCGCCACCGGCAUCGUCUCCGUCGUAAACAUCGACCCAGGCAAGACGUCCGACUACGGAAACGUAGUCUCAGGCGGCGUCCUCGCCCAAAACCACCAACACAUCUUCGCAGCCCGUUUCGACCCCGCAAUCGACGGCCACAAAAACACCGUCGUAUACGAAGAAUCGCACUCGACCCCCAUCAACGCAACCACAAACCCUGCCGGCAACUUCUACGAGAUCCGCAAAACCGUCAUCGACAAAUCUGGCGGCGUAGACGCAAAUCCCUUCGACCACCGCGUCUUCAAAAUUAUAAACCCGUCCAAGACAAACCCCAAAUCAGGGAACCCUGUCGGUUACAAAUUCGCGCCGCUGCCCACGCAGAAGAUACUCGCUGCGCCGGGUAGCAUACAAGCGCAGCGCGCGCUGUUCACGAACCACCAUGUCUGGGUGACCAAGUACCAAGACGACGAGCUGUAUGCCGCGGGACGGUUCACGAUGCAGAGUCAGUUGGAGGAGGGAGGUGUGCACGAUAUGGCGGCCCGCAAAGACGGGGUUGAGAAUGAGGAUUUGGUGGUGUGGAAUGUGUUUGGACUGACGCACAACCCACGGGUGGAGGACUGGCCUGUUAUGCCGGUGGAGAUUUACCAGGUGCAUUUCAAGCCGAGUGAUUUCUUUGAGAGGAACCCGGCGAUUGAUGUGCCGAGUACGAAGAAUACUGCGAGUGUGCUGGUGGAGAAGGAGAAGGGGUGUUGUGGUGGGGAGCAGAAGCUGUGA